CGUUGCCUUGGGAGAAGCAACACGGGCCGAUCGCUGGCUGUACCGUCCCCCCACUCACACACCGCACGUCCAGCACAUCAGCUGCUCUCUGCCCGACAGUCCUGCUGGAUUUACCGCCGAACAACGGGAGAGUUUAACCAGCCGCUCCAUCCUGGGAAGGUCAGUGAUGGUCAGUGCUAGCUAGAGCCUGCAGCCGAGGAUGUCUGCUACAGAUUCGGACAACUCCAUUGACUGGCUGGCUAGUGACAAUAAGGACAAUGAGAGCGAACAGGAGUCUGACUGUACCAAAAAGCACAGCCAGACAGAGGCUCCUCAAUCCCCCAGCACCCCGCCACACCUGGGCCCGUCUGACAGCAACUGCCGCCAGUGCAGCGAGGUGAAGGAGGGCAUCAGUAACUGGAGCAAGGUCAGGGAGGCCUCCAGUCGGGGAUCUCCCCCCAGCUGCACGGAGACAUGGGACAGCGCCACUGGACUGUGUCGAACGCAACAAGGAGAAAAAACGAAUGGCAAAAACACUCAGCAAGCACUGAAGAGACCUCACAGCUCCACAGAGGAGGGGUGCGAGGAACGGCAGGUCAUUACCAAUGUGUCAGAGAAAAACCGAAUUUUCAGCAGCAAGUGCAUGGAGCUACAAUGCUACAUUCAUCCACUGUCAUCUAUCUUGAAUGGCCUUCGUUCAGGGAGAUACAGAGGACGACUCAGCAGUUUCCAGGAGAGUGUGGCCAUGGACAGGAUUCAGAGGAUCAUGGGUGUCCUGCAGAACCCUUGCAUGGGGGAGAAAUAUAUUAAUAUCAUUCUCAAAAUGGAGGAAAUGCUGAAGAGCUGGUUUCCUAAUGUAAAACUCCAAGACCAACUCGCUGUCACCCAGACAGAGGAAGCCGUUCCUACCAAGAAACUGAAGCUAUCUCCAAUGAGCACCACUGCAGCCGUGAGCCCCGUCACCAUAAGUGAUCUCCCAGCCGGCGCCAAAGCCCUGAGAGUCACCGACCUCACUCCUCCUGGAGCCUACUCCGCCAGUAACGUGAAGUGGCUCCACACAUCACCCAUCUGCUCCCCCACAGCAGAGCAGGCCCAGGCUGGCCCCAGGCACCUGCUGUCCCCCAGAGACAGAGACCUAACGCAGGACAACUCUGUGUCCUCCAGCACAGACAGCCACACUAAGACAGACUUGGUGCCCAGAGGCCCUCCGCCUGGCAAAAUCAACGCGCCCUGUCUAGAGAGGCUCCUUAAGUCGACAGAAAGCAUCAUCACCCGCAAGGGGACGGGGGGUUUGAUGGACAGCAGCUGGUCCUAGUCCACACAGAGGACUGCGUGUCCAGCUAUAAGCACCGCACCACCCAGCCUAGCCUUGCCCACCCUGCUGGGAGUCAGUCAGCUUGCUUAGCCCAUUCCAGCCUUCGGGGGAGACGGGAGCAUUAAAAAGGGACGUCAAAGAUUCCUCUUUAAUGUGGAAGGAGUGAACAUGUUGUACUCUCUGUAGGGGAAUGUGCCCUCUGACAUGACAAGUGUCUGCUUUAGUUCCCUUUUGUUGACUUAUCUUUGUUUUUUGUUUGCACUCUUGAAUAGUGUGUGUGAGAGUGGGAAAGAUAGAUUUCACAUGGCUUGUAGAUGCAAUAAUACAGUUUGAGUAUCUGUGAAACUGCUAUUAUGCCUGAAAGGGAAAGAAUUGCAAGAGUAGUUUGUGCUGGAAGGGAGUAUUUCAGAUAUCCAGACAUGUCAGUGGUCUACAUAUUGUUGUGCUGAAAAUGUGGGUGAAAUGUGAUGUUACUACCCCCCCCAUGACUCCACUCUUAAGUUUAUUGAUGUGACUGUUACUCAUUUGUAUACUUUAUAAAUAAGUCUUUUGGUACAACUGUUCUACCUCAGUGGGCACCACGUCACAGUUAGUGAGUAGGAAUGUGAACGCUACGCUAAAAAUCUGGACACCUCACCAGAUCUGCAGUGAGCCACCGACAGCGAGGUUUGCAGGACGAAUCGUUCUGCUUGUACAAACAGAGGAUGCUCUCUCCAUGGGGAUGCUCUUGUGGUUUGACUGGUGCCAUUGUAAAGAAUGUCAACUACAGAUUUCUUUUUUGAGUCUCCCAGUAGAAGGCUAACAGUGCCUGUAAGCCGGUUUGAUAGAGAGAGAAUUGUUCAGAAUACCUGCUCCUCUGUGGGAUGUACAAAUCAGGAAUUCUCAUUCUCCUGCCAUUUUCCUGUAUCGAGUAAAUUAUUCAGAUCUUGCCAACUACUUUCUGCGGUGGAGUAGAACAAUUCUUUUAUUUUGCCACAGAACUGGACAGUAUGGUAGACCAGCAGAGAGGGACAAGGUAUUUCUCUGUGUAGAUCUUACAGAAAGGUUGUUGAUUUACCCUGAAAAGUGGCCUUUAUAGUGUGAAAUUUUAUACUUUCAAAAUAAAUGUGGUUAUAUUUGUUUGAUGCAAAA